UCUCGGAGCUUUCUUUUGGGAAGAUGGGGGCGGGAGGCUUGCCGAGCGAGAAGCUCGGUGCAAUUUGGGUCACUGCAAAGAACAACUCCAGCGAGCUUCCUCCGCUGGAGGAGUGAUGCGUGCCAGGUCCCGGGUCCCGAGCCCCGGGUGGGCGCUGCUCCGGGAGGUCGUGGGGAAGCGCUCCGGGAACGUCAGGAGCAGGCAGCCGCGGGGGACUGCGGUCGUGUCACUUAGGGCCGAUGUUGAGGUUUGAGUGGGCAGGGGUGAUGCGUGGGGCGCAAUGGAGACAGGGAUGGCAUGUGGCCGCGCUACUUUAGACCAUCUCUGUCGCUGGGGCGAGCACCCCCGGCCGCCCUUACAAGAGGAGCGUGCUGCGGAGUGGGUCAAGUUUUGUGGGGCUCAGUUUCCCGUGCGCCCCCGUGUCGCUGGUCUCCUCUCUUCUGCCGAUCCGAGGUGACAGUGUCCUUUCAUGGUGCACUCAGUGCCGGUCGGAAACGUCUCACGUGUCUGGACAAGGUUCUCUCGGGCUGCUCGACGCAAUCGUUUUUGUGAAAUGCUUUUCUUCUCCCCACUGCAGGAUUGUUUGGAAGUGGAACCGUCAGAUUUGUGCUUUUCUGUGUAAAUGAGUAUGGAAGAUUAUGAUUUCCUGUUUAAGAUUGUUUUAAUUGGCAAUGCCGGUGUGGGGAAGACGUGCCUAGUUCGACGGUUCACUCAGGGUCUUUUCCCCCCAGGUCAAGGAGCCACAAUUGGAGUUGAUUUUAUGAUUAAGACAGUGGAGAUUAAUGGUGAGAAAGUAAAGCUUCAGAUCUGGGACACCGCAGGUCAAGAGCGAUUUCGAUCAAUUACCCAGAGUUAUUACCGCAGCGCCAAUGCCUUGAUCCUCACCUAUGAUAUAACCUGUGAGGAAUCCUUCCGCUGCCUUCCUGAGUGGCUGCGGGAGAUAGAACAGUAUGCCAGCAACAAGGUCAUCACUGUGCUAGUGGGCAACAAGAUCGAUCUGGCAGAAAGGAGAGAGGUCUCCCAGCAGCGAGCUGAAGAGUUCUCAGAGGCUCAGGACAUGUACUACUUGGAGACCUCAGCCAAGGAAUCUGACAACGUGGAGAGACUCUUCCUUGACUUGGCAUGUCGCCUCAUCAGUGAAGCCCGGCAAAACACUCUUGUGAACAACGUCUCCUCGCCCUCACCCGGAGAAGGGAAAAGCAUCAGCUAUUUGACUUGUUGUAACUUCAACUAGGGACAGGCAAGGAGAAGGGAAUAAUAGGUUCUCUGCUGGACCCUGACUUGUUGGGAACACCAGUGAUGACCCAGUGGCUUCUGCUCUCAGACCUCCUGGCUCCUGUAUACUUACAAGGCAUGGAAGGCCCAGGGCUUGUCUGUGGGCCAGCAUUAGCAGAACAAAUACCAGUUUCGUCCUUUUGCAGUCUGGAGUUGGAGCCAAGAGAACACUGCACCCGGCACUCUGUGACCUGCAGAGCAUGUUGCUUUUGUUUUUUUGAGACAGCUAAUAAAGGCGCACCCCUUGAAAGUCUGGAGGGACUGUACCGUAGGGAUCCUGCCUCACAUUGGUGCAGGGGGAUAGGGACUAUGCUUUAGGGAUUCUGGGGUUCCUGGCUUCCUGGUCUACCAGAUUAUCCAUAACUGGGAAGGCCAAGGACUGUCUCUGUGGUGUGCAUUGAUGUCUCCAUGGAGAUUUUCAAAAGUAUUAUUUCUUUUGUCCACAGCACUUUCGAGAACUUUGCGAUGUGAAAAAUAAAAUGAGACCUUUACCCAUGA